AGAUUGGGGGCAAAAGUAGUAGUAUUCAUAGCGGUUUGGAGCUUCUUGAAAAAGGCAAGGAUUUUAAGGUUGGUACUCUUCGGUCUUCAUCUUCACCGCGGACAUGCCUCGCUAGAUUAUCUUCAAACAAAAGUUUGGUUCUUUUCUCCCUUUCUCUGUUUUUCGUUUUCAGUAUUAGCUGCUAAUGAGCAAGGAUUCGAUCAAAAUUCUCAGAAAAUCAACAAUCUUUUCAUCUAAUGGACGCAUUAAGAAUUUUAUACCUCAAGCAUCCUACUCUUCUUCUUCUUCUCUUCAAACCAUAUCCAAUUCCAAAUCUAAACCUCUCUCAAACCCGCUUUACCAUCUCCUUCCUGAAACCAAAAACCCCAACAACAUAGUCAAUAUCAUUUACUCAUCCCUCAAACAAGAUAAUACCCAGCUAACCCUUCUCCAAAAUGAUAUAAAGGGUCUCCUUUCUCAUCUGGGUACCAAUGAAAUCUCUAGGGUUUUGUUGAGAUGCCAGUCUGAUUCUAUUUCAGCUCUCACUUUCUUUAACUGGGUCAAAAAUGAUCUGGGUCUUAAACCCACUACCCAGAAUUAUUGUCACCUUGUUCACAUCCUGGCUUGGUCUAAAGAAUUCAAACAAGCAAUGAAAUUUUUAACUGAAUUUGUUAGGUCGGUCAAAGAUUCGUCACGCAGUGAAGAUGUGUUUAGUAGUUUGGUUUCAUGUUGUGAAGAUUGUAAUUGGGAUCCUGUCAUUUAUGAUAUGCUUAUUAAGGCAUACGUGAAAGAGGGCAUGAUUAAAGAGGGUUUUAGGACGUUUAUGAAGAUUGUGGAGGUUGGUUAUGUUCCUAGUGUGAUUGCCUGCAAUUGUCUCUUGAAUGGGUUGUUGAAAUUGAAUUGCGUUCAACAGUGUUGGCAAGUUUAUGCAGAGAUGGGGAGAAUUGGUAUACACCCAAAUUCAUAUACUUUUAAUAUAUUAACCCAUGUCUUUUGCCAUGAUGGUGAUGUCAAUAAGGUGAAUGAUUUCUUGGAGAAAAUGGAGGAAGAAGGCUUUGAGCCAGAUAUAGUGACAUAUAAUACACUGAUCAGUUGCUAUUGUAGAAAAGGAAGAUUGAAUGAUGCGUUUUAUUUAUAUAGGAUAAUGUAUAGGAGGGGUGUGUUGCCAGAUUUGGUUUCAUAUACUGCAUUGAUGAAUGGUCUUUGCAAAGAAGGGAAGGUAAGAGAAGCUCACCAGCUCUUGCAUAGAAUGGUUCACAGAAGGUUGAAUCCAGACAUUGUUUCAUUUAAUACUCUCAUCUGUGGCUAUUGCAGGGAAGGGAAGAUGCAAGAGUCAAGGUCAUUAUUACACGAGAUGAUAGCAAGUGGGAUUUGCCCAAAUAAUGUUACUUGUCGGAUUCUUGUAGAAGGAUAUACCAAAGAGGGUAGGGCACUUUCUGCUUUAAAUUUGGUUGUGGAACUUGAGAGAUUUCAUGUUCCAGUCUCCUGGGAUAUUUAUGAUUAUCUAAUAGUUUCUGUCUGCAAGGAGGAUCGGCCGUUUGCAGCAAAGAGUCUUAUGGAAAGAAUCUCUCAGCGUGGUUAUGUGCCUGGUGUGGAAAUCUAUAACAAACUCAUUCAAUCUCUCUGCAAAAAUGAUAGUGUAGCUGAUGCAAUUCUUGUAAAAACUGAGAUGGUUCGUGGGAAUCUUAAACCCGAUCCUAUUACAUAUAAAGCUCUUAUUUGCUGCUUAUGCAGAAUAAAUAAAAGUACGGAGGCUAAAUCUUUGAUGGAAGAAAUGCUUCAAUCUGGCAUGCUACCUGAUCCAGAAAUAUGUAGGGCGUUGGUGCAUGUAUACUGCAGGGAAAGGGAUUUUGGAAAAGCAGAAUCAUUAUUGGAAUUCUUUGCCAAGGAAUUUCAAAUUUUUGAUCCUGAGAGUUACAACAUACUAGUCAAAAUAUUUUGUGAGGUUGCUGAUGUUACUAAAUUGAUGGAGCUGCAAGAUAGGAUGCUGAAAGUGGGAUUUGCACCAAAUAGUCUAACUUUCAAGCAAAUGAUCCAUGGCUUAUGGAAAAACUGUGGAAUUGCACAAAGGCAAACUUCUUGUUGAAUGAGAUAUUUUAGGGGAAAUCCAAAGAAUCUAUCACAUGUUAAGCUAAAGCUUUGGUGCUCAAGUGCACAGUAGACUAGGAGAGGCAUGGACAGCAGCCUGAGGCACAUCCAACUAAUGGAAUGACCAUCGAUGUACAAGGGAUUGUUCUACCACAUUCUGAUAGUAUGGGCAAUUUCAUUGGUGUGACACAACUAAUUGGAAAGAUGGGAGCCUCCAUCUGGCUUAAAGCAUACCAUGCAAUGCAGUGCUAGCCAUCUUCUGGCCAAUUUAUAUAUCUCUUCAAACGAUCCUGUCAAAGUUUCUGCUCCUGUGACCUGGUAAAGCAAGAUUACUGGAUUGCAACAUUUCAUUGGACUUUCAGAGCUCCACUUUUCAGUUCAGAUGUGAUGAAUAAGGAUAGCAUUCCAAAUGAUCUUGUGUUGCUUAGGACCCAUUGUGGCAGGGAAUCAACUCAAGGGUUUCCCUGCGUGAGUCUCUGGAAGUCCAACACUCUAAAAGAAGAUUUGGAACGCAAGAAAUCAGAUUUCGGCAGAUAUACAUUUCAGUAAUUGACAAGUUACAACUACAAGUACAUGAUGUUAGGAAAGCUAAGUUCCCAGGUUAAAAACCACCAUCUAGUUAUUCCCCAUGAUUCAGCCACAGUAUUAGAAGCUUGCCGAGUAUGACAAGAGAAACCUGCAAUCCAUCGCUGCCCGGAUUUUGAUAUUUAACAGGAAGCCAAGAAAAGCAGAUGUUGCAUAAGAGGGAGAUACUGCCUUCAAAAGUAGUGGCCAUUUUGACGUCUUGAUUGGUUAAUGGGGCUUAAACUGUAAAAUGGGAACUUAUUGCACUUGUAAUCUUCUGGUCUAUGGCACAACAGUUGUAACUGAUUUAUUUGUUUAUGCCAAAUAACAAACUUGCUAGAAUUUUAUGAACAGACAGUUAAUCAAAAGCAGAAACCCAGAUUCCAUCUUCAA